GUAUUCCUCGUGUAGGAGUUAAAUGGCUGCAUGGAGAAUCUUUAGGAUUCAUAUUUAUUAAUUUUAAAAGCCCUCUCACUGAAGUGAGAAAAGUUGUUGAAACCGAAUUAGCAGAGAAAAUUGAAGAUGCCAGUUUCCAAUUUGUGGAUAAAAAGGCAUGGCCAGUUUCAUAUCCCCAAGAAGAAAAACUUACUGCUUGGGAUGUAUGUGUUGAAGAACAUUACUUUAAUAUAAUUAAAGCAUCUACCAAAAGGAAAAUGAGCAUUAGCAAUAACAAAAUUAAAAGAAGACCUUCUAAGUUGAAUAGUACACCAUCUUACAAACUGAAUCAGAGUUCUAAUAGUCAGACACGUUCAAAUUCUAUAUUAAUAAGCUAUGUUCAUGGUGAAGCUACUACUCAUGCUCGGGAUUUAAAAGAUGAGCUGGUAAAUAUGGGACUAGAAAGUGUGUUUUUGGAUGUUGAUGAUAUACCUGCUGGUCAGGAUUGGCAAGAUGUGAUCAAUAAUGCACUGUAUAACUGUACUGCAUUUGUAGCUCUAGUUACUCCAAGAUAUGGUGAAACAAGGUGGACCAACCGGGAAGCAAAGCUCGCUGAUGAUAAGGAAAAACUUAUUAUUCCUGUAAGCUUUUUAGAAAAAUGGCCUCCAGAUCAGUUAGCUAUACAGUUCCUUUCUCUGCAGUACAUUCCUUGGAAAACAGCUGAUGAAUUUGCUAGUGCUGAAGGUAGCUGUGCAUUUGAUAUUACACACUGGGACCAGCGCUGCAUCCAUAGAGUUGCUAGAGAAAUCCAUAAGUUAUGCACUGCACAAGAUGUUUCGACCCCAGAUAGUGCCUCUAUCAUAGAUUCUAGGCCUGUUAAUGAGAGUCCUAGGGGCAUGUUUGCUGCUACCUUGAAGCAUGGAAGUGGUAAAGAAGAUAAUAUUGUUAUUAGUGCUCAUGCUCAGGAAAAGGAUUUCGUUGAGAAAUUGGUUAACAUAUUAAAAGAAGAAGGGUAUAAUGUUUGGUCUUCAACUGAUAUUACAGAAUCAUAUGGUAGCUUUGAUGAUAGCCAGCAAUCUGAAUAUUCUCCAGUUAUGGAAUCAUAUUCGCAUAUCAAGUCAUUUAGUAAUGAAAACUUAAAUAUUUCAAGACAGAAUUCUAUAUGUAAUUUCAAAUCUGAUUGUGGCGGGGAUGAUAGCUUGCAAUGCAGUCAGUCUGAAUUCAAAAGAAAUGUUCAAGCGGCAAAAUUGGUGAUUUUAAUAAUUUCAGAGACGUACAACAAAUGCCGUUUGUGUUUGCAACAAGCAUUUUACUGUGAACAAAGGAGGAGGGUAGUUGCAAUAAAAUAUGGAGAAUUCCAGAUCGAUAAUCAUAUUUUGAAUCUGUAUCCAGAACAAGAUAUUCUACAGAAUGAUGAUGAAAGUGAGUUAUUUAGUAACGUGAAACAAGAAGUCGCAAAAAAAUUAAAGGAAAAUACCUCUUUGUGUGAUCGCAUACAAAUAGAAGUUAUGAAUCUUAAACAACAAAUCAAUUCUGAAAAUUGUGUGUAUGUUAUUGGAGGUACUAAUUGUGUGAGUCAAAAUGCGGAACUGUUUUCUGUUGCAUUAGGAAAUGAAUUAGCAAAGAUAAGUAGCCUGACUUUGGUAACAGAAGGCUUUUUUGGUGCUGGAGAUUUUGUUGGAAAGAAUUUUUGUGAAGAACGUGACAUCGUGGCGAAAGGCAAACCUCCAAGAAUAUAUCAUGUAAUUCCACAUCGAGAUAGACAAGACUUCACAAAAAGAGCCAGGCAGAAAGAUGAUGGAAGUUUUGAAAAGAUACCUUAUGGACAAACUAUUUUCUAUGGCAAUUCUGUCUCAGAAAGAGAUGAGAUUGUGUCAGCUACCUUUAAAAUUUGUAUUCUUAUUGAAGGUGGUGAGCGAAGCGCUCGUCUAGCUGAAAAAUUUUUGUGGAAUGAUUGUACUGUCAUCCCAGUGCUUUUCAAUAACCGUGCAAUAAAAGAUCGACGUUGUCUGUUUGCAUGUAUAUCAAAGGUUCCUUGUGGAGUGCUUUCAGAUGAUUGGUGUGGACUUAACAAUUCGAAGAAAAAUCCAGAUGAGAUAGCAAGAAUGGUGAAAAAAAUAGUAUGUACUUUACUAAGAAUCCGGAGUAAAGAACGAAAAAAUUUUCCUCUGAAAAAUCAGUUACAUAGUAAAAAUUAAGCUUAUCAUAUGGCACUCAUUUGUUUCCCUUUAUAUCAAAAUCUGAUUGUUUAAUAAAUUUAAAUACAUAUAGUGCCGAUAGUUUUUUACACAUUUUAUUAUUCAUGAUGCUUUUUUUUUUUUUUUUUAUGAAUACAUGUUGCAUUUAUAUGAGAUUGAACACCAUAGUGUUAUGAGUAAUGUGCCUCAGUUAGAAGAGUUUUUUUUUUUUUUUUUUUUUUUUUUUUUGUACAGAAUAAAUAUUUUAAGGGAGUUUGUAACGCAUAUAUUUGUUUAACCCAUAAUUGGUGAAUUGAAAUUUAGUGCUUUCUAAAAUAGCAUAUUUGCUCACAUAAACACCAGGUGUAUGCUAAUUUCACUUCUUAAAAAUCUAGAGGGGAACGAAUAUGUAGCGCAUAGCAUUUCUGAGGGAUGGGGUUGAAGAAUGCUAUCAGCUGACAAAACAUGUAUGAAUAUUUGAUUAAUAUUUAUUGUAUUCUAUGUAUGUCAUUAUGUAUUGUAUUCUGUGUAUGUAAGUCAGUCACAAUUUAUACUUUCAGUGUCAUUCUUUUACUUAUAUGCCAUUCUUUACUCACAUUAUUCUUUGUUGCCUGACCAUACUUUCUAAAUUGGUGCCACAAAUCAGAACUUUCUAAGUCAUGUUAUGUAAUGUAGAAGUGAAGGGGCCAUCUAAUAUUUAAAUAUAAUUUAAGUAAGUAGGUAUUAGCAACAAAAUCUUUCCCAAAUAAGUAGAAGGCUCACACUCAGUGAACUCAUUCUCUGGUAAAAUGUCCGUAUGAGAUGCUAGAAAUAUCGCUCUCUGACUCUUUGUAAAAUGAAUCAUCACUCUUAACCAUGUCACUUGGCUCAUUUACCAUGCAAGUAUAUUCUUCCUCUGAUAAACAACACUUUCUUGUCAUAAUAAACUUAAGUCGAGGUUCUCCAAAAUAAAAAGGGGAGUAUGCAAAAUAUGAGCGAUAAAAGCAAUAGAAUUCCACAUAGUAACCCUAAGAGACCCCACAUAAUAACAAAAUAAAUAAAUAAAGGAUUUGAAAAGAUAUCAGAAGAACAAAUGUGGCAAGUUAAAGAGCUGAGCUCUGUUUGUUUACAUUAUGCUUUGCCUCUUCUCCUGCAACAGCUGAUACCAACAUUAUGCAGAAUGUGAUCAAACUGAAGGUCAGGAUUCUAAAACUGUAUUAAUUUCAAAAGUAAUGGACACAGGAUGCCAUCUAGUUUUAUUUAAAACAUGUUCCAGUUUCAAAUGCAUAUAUGCUUCAGCUGACCCUUGCAUUAUAUCUCCAGUGAUGCAUGAUUGGGAUGCCCAUCUGUAAGUGAUGUUCAUAGGGAAUCUGUGUAUCGGAUGCCUGUUCUGAAGGAGUUAAACCAUGUCUGCCCAGUUACUGGUUAAUAUACAAAAGUAAUCUGAAACCAUAUUUUAGUCUGUUUUAAAUUAUUUAUUAUUUUUAUAUUAUUAUUGUUAUUUUAAUUGCGUACAAAUAUCCUCAUGGUAUAAGAAGUUACAAGGAAGCAGUUCUGUGGGCUGUUGUUAAAUGUGGGAAGAUAUAUUGUGAUUCUUAUAUUGUCUAAAUUGUUCGACAAGGAUAAUAUGCAAAAUGUGUUUGUCAUUAUUCAGAUGACUUAGCAACUUGCAUUUAGUUGUAAAAAAUGAAACGCAAAACCUUUUGAUACUUGAUGAUGUGAUCUUUUUAAAUAUUUUCUGGUUCAAGGUGAUUUGUUUAAUUGUUAUAUUGAUAUUUUUCAUAAAAAUAUCCUUAGUAUCUGCUGAAUAAAAAAUGAAAAUGAUAUUUAGUAUUGUAAUCUCAUUAAUAGGGUGUAUUGAAUGCUAAUCUUUAUUGCCAAAUUUAAGCAACAUUAAAAAUUUUCAUAUACAUUAUUUUACUAUUGAAGUAAAUUUACUGCCAUCUGUUUACUUAAAUGUGUGGUAGCUUGCUUUUUCAAACCUAAAAGUGUAACAACAUUCAACUUCAACAUGCCUUGGUCUCUGUGAUGCAUAUUAGCAAAUAUUUUUUUUAAAUUCUUGUCAUUAAUGUGGUUGCUUUAUAAUCCUAAAUAAAUUAAAUAACUAUUAAGGCUGUAUAUCAAGUCCAUUUAAUUUCAGUAUUCUUUAUGAUUCUUCAGUUGUUGUGUAGCCUUAAAAGGCAUUUUACACAUUAUUUUAAACAUGCUUUCCUAUUUGUAAGUAGCAUGGAUGUUAACUUACUUCAAAUGGUAACAAAAAUGUUGCAUUGUUUACAUAUGGAAAUUGCAAAUAAACAUUCCUUUAUUUUUAUUGUUUUAUUUUUAUUAGAUUUGUUUAUGUUGCGAUAUGUUAUGUAUCCGGUGAAUUGAACCGUAUGUCAGAAUGAUUCAUAUCUAAAAUACAACAAAUUUUUUUUAAAUUAUUAUCUACAGAAAUGUAUAUACUUGUUUUAACUAUUUGUAUUAUUUUGGACAUUUAGAUCAAAGUCUCUUUUUAAUGCAUCGGGCACUAUUUUAAGAUUUAAAAUACAGAUCAAAGCUACAUUGAAAUGAUGGUUCUGUUGAAAGUACUGCUUUAUUUUAUGUGGUAUGUGGAGUUUAGAUCUGCCCUUUCAACUGACCAAACUUCUCUCAUGGUAUUUUCUGUGUAGUUCCAUAAUUCCUACUUAAAUUAGAGAACAUUAUAUGUGCUGGAAUCCGUAAAAUAAUUGCAUUAAAUUUAAUGAAGCAAAUUUUCAGUAGAACAAUUACAUGACUGUUCCCUUUCUAAUGUCAUUCCUGAAGCAAUCCCUCAUCUUGUCUGGAUGACUUUUGUGUGCUUUGCCAUAAUCUUUUAAAUAACCCGUUUUUAUUAUGCACUUGAGCAGAUUGUUUUCAAAGCUAGUGUUCCUGUACUGAAAAAUAAAAGAAGGCAUUAGCAUUUGUGGCUUUCCUUGAUUAUGAGAGAAAUCUCAGCAUCCUCAAACUAUGGUUUAAUUAGGCUGCCAAAAUUGUUGCUUUGCUAUGGUGAGUAUGUUUAAAUGUCUUUAAUUUUUUAUUUGGUUAGAUCACUUAAUAUUGAGUGCAAAUAAAUUAAAGAGAUACUAUUUUUUACAAGCAAAAGUGACAUGAAAGUGGUUACAUUCUUUGAGAAGAUGUGAACGAUUUAAUUUUGAUCAUUUUCAGUAUUAAAAAGUCUCAGUUUUAUUUUUGCCUGCUUUUAUUUGUCUGUUAAUAAAUGAGCAAGUACUUCUCUCCAUUCCAUAAAUGCUGUUAUUUACAUGUGGACUAAUCUAGACCAAUAGAUCUAAACUGCCAUUGUCAUCUACAUUGUUCAUUUAGGUGCUAGUAGUUACACGUACUAAUGAGACAUCAUCAUCACAUGAUUAUUAUGGCUGUGAUUUUUAAUACAUUGUUUAGUUGAUUUGUGAGAAAUGUGUAGUGAUUAUAUAAGCGAACAAAUGAAUCCUUUUGAAAUGUAAUUGUUUUCCAUGUAAUACCAUACUUUAAACAGUAUAAAAUUAUGCUAAAAUUUAAACAUGAGUGGAUUGUUUUACUAGAAAAUGCUGCAAAUUUUAAGGUGUUUAGUCAAUGUAGCCUCCUCUUUUUCAAGCAACUUAUAUUAAAGUAUUCUGCCAUUGGUACAUUAUUCUUUUGCUGCCUGAAGAAGGAUCUUCUUUGCCUGACUUCCACAAAAUUUAGAGUUUUCUACAUACCAGCCUAAAAUAGAACUUUUGCCUUAUGCAAAAUUGGUUUUUAGUUGUCAGCAGAUCAUUUUUGUAGCAUACUGAUGUAGUUAUCUGGAAUUCUCUUUUGUAAAAGGUUCUGUUGUAGAAGUGUUUCGUGCUGUUGAGAGUUAUAUUGUUAAAGUGCCUUUCAACACUUAUAUCUCACAUCUUUCACUUAUGAUUGGCAACAAACUUCAUUAUAUGUAAUCUGAAAAUGUUUUAUUGUGACAGACUAUUUUAUGUAAUUCUGCAUUUUUUAAUAUGAAGGCAGUACUGCAUAGCAGAUCAUCAUUUUAAGUUAAAAAUCAUGUAAAUUUGUUUUUGUCUUUCAUAAAUUAUGAGUUGCAUCUCACAAAUAAUUAUUUAAUUUUAUGCCAAUAUUGUAAGUUAAUGUUUUGGAAUUGUAUGUUGAUGUUUUGUAAUAAAAAUCAGGUGUUAUCUUUU